GGAGACAUCGAUGGCCGAUUUUCCAGAUUUUUGCAUUUCUGAGAGAUCCGACCUUUCGCUGAUUCAGUGCCUCUCUCUCUCUAAAAAGUCUCAGUAGUGUUUCUCUACUCACAGUCUCUUCCUAUUUGAUUCUCUCUCUCUGCAGUUCAGUCCAGUCCAGUCCAGUCCGUCCGUACGCUCCAUUGUUCUUCUUUGGAGCAAGCUCACCGCUCUCAAUAAACACAUACACAGUCCCUCACACUCACAUGUACCACAUGAUUUUUGCCAUUGUUUGUCUGCCUGAUUGAUAUAUUGAUUUUUCGAAUAAUGGAGUUUACUGUGUGGUGGGGUUUUCUUUUCCAUUUCUGCUUUUUGGCCGAGUAAGGCGGCGUGCUUUGGUGAAUCAAAGCCUUUCCUUUCUCCAUCUUUACUCAUCUUUUCAUUUCAUUUCUUGCUUGCUGAGAAUGAGGAAAUCGUUUUGCUUUUGAGCAAUGUUGUGCUGCUUCGAUUCAGAUCCCCAAUUUUUUUUAGUUUGAUUUUGCAUCUCUGGAUUGUAUUGGAUUGGAUUGGCUUUUUCAUCGCUGCUUUCGAUCUUCACUCUGAUUGCCUUUAAUUCGAAAACCCUAGCUUAUACUUUCUCCAAUUCCUCUUCGUAAUGUGGAAGCAGUUUCUCAGUAAGUUCCCGAAGAAAUCUCAGAAAUCGGAUCAGGAUAGGAACCCUAAUUUCCGUCCUGUUCUAUCCUCGCUCGGUUCGGGCCGGGCCAACGCCAUUAGCCCUGCUAAAAGGCGUACUUCGGCUGCAGUGUUCCCAACCUCUGUAAUUGCAGGAGUGGAGCCGUUGCUUGCAUUCAAGGAUGUUUCCAGUUCGGAGAGGAUGAAUCUCUUCAUCAACAAGCUGAAUCUCUGCUGCGUGGUGUUUGAUUUCACGGAUCCUGCGAAGAAUGGUCAUGAAAAGGAGCUUAAACGAGCCACAUUGCUUGAGCUACUUGAUUUUGUAUCACAGAAUCCUUCCCCUAAACUCACUGAGCCUGCCAUAUCGGCAUCGUGCAAAAUGUGCUCGAUUAACCUGUUCCGAGACUUUCCUCCGAAUGCCAAUGGAAGUUCCGGCGAAAAUGACAGUGAUGAUGAGCCGACUUUCGACCCGGCAUGGUCUCAUCUGCAGAUAGUGUAUGAUUUCCUGCUCAAGUUAGUGAGUUCAUCUUCAUUAGAAGCAAAGGUUGCUAAGAAGUACGUGAACAAUUCGUUUAUCCUGCGAAUAAUCGACUUGUUUGAUUCGGAGGAUCCUAGGGAAAGGGACUGCAUAAAGGCGAUUCUUCAUCGGAUAUACGGCAAGUUUAUGGUGCACCGGCCCUUUAUAAGGAAUGCUAUAAGCAAUGUGUUCUAUAGAUUUGUUUUCGAGACCGAGAAGCACAGUGGAAUAUUGGAGUUGCUGGAGAUGUUUGGGAGUGUGAUCACGGGAUUUUCGGUGCCUUUGAAAGAGGAGCACAAGAUCUUUUUUUCGAGGGUUCUGAUUCCUCUACACAAGCCAAAGUCGUUGGGGAUUUACUUUCAGCAGCUGUUGUAUUGUGUGAGCCAAUUUAUCGAGAAGGAGCCUAAGCUGGCGAGUGUCGCCAUUAAGGGGCUGUUGAAAUAUUGGCCUUUGACAAAUAGCCAGAAGGAGGUGAUGUUUUUGGGGGAGCUGGAGGAGAUACUGGAAGUAAUCAACAUGGCUGAGUUCCAAAAAGUGAUGGUUCCGUUAUUUUGGCGAAUCCGAAAGUGUAUUAAUAGCUACCAUUUUCAGGUGGCUGAGAGGGCUCUGUUCAUGUGGAAUAAUGACCGAAUUAUCAAUCUAGUCGUGCACAACCGAACAAUUAUACUGCCAAUAAUAUUCCCGGCUCUCGAAGCCAAUGCCCAAAGCCACUGGAACCAUGCCGUCCUCAGCUUAACUUUAGGCAUGCGAAAGAUGCUCGUGGAAAUGGACGACGCCCUCGCCCUGACCUGCAUCUCAAAUUAUCAAAAGGAGCAGGAACUGAAAGACACGGUCGAUGAAAAACGAAGACAAGCUUGGAAACACUUGGAAGCCGCUGCUAGUCUCCAACCGAUCGCCGAAAACACUCCUGUUCUAGUAAGCCAUUGAGGGGUGUCGCCGAUCAUGUACAAUGCUCGUUUUCAAACCCUUAUCGUUCAUCGUGUUUAUCUACCUUGCUUGAACCUGAAUCCGCAGCAAAAAUAUAUCGACUAGGAUGAUGAAAAUGUUUAUUAUCAUUCAGUUGUAUAAUAUUUUGUCUUUAAUGUU